GGUUUUGGGCACAUUUUAACGUGAGCGCAACGUCAAGCCAACCAAACAUGCCCACUGGGUGUGCUCUUCGGAUUCAAUAACAGUGCGCCCCAAAGUAAAACUGAAAGUCUCGCGAAAAACAUUGGGUAGCCUUACAGAGACGGGGUGUAGGCCUACGAACAAUGGCGAUAAAACCGUCGUUUUUAGAAGAGGAGCUCCUCUGUUCUGUGUGCUGUGACACCUUCAAUGACCCUGUUGUUCUACAGUGUAGCCACAGCUUUUGUGACGACUGCCUGCAGCGAUGCUGGAAAGAGAAGAGAAGUCGAGAGUGUCCCGUCUGUAGAAGGAAGUCAUCCGUUCCCAAGCCUCCAGUUAAUCUGGCUUUAAAGAACAUCGUGGAGUUGUAUUUAAAACAGAAAACCCAGAGCGAAGCCGAAGUCUUUUGCCGUCUUCACGGAGAGAAACUUCUUCUUUUCUGUGAGGAUGACGACGAGCCUCUUUGCGUCGUGUGUCAGACUUCAAAAAAGCACAGAAAUCAUCAGCUCUGUCCAGUGGAAGAGGCUGCUCUAGAUCUGAAGAAAAACCUCAAGACUGCACUGGAUCCCAUGAAACAGAAACUGCAAAUAUUCACUGAAGUUAAACAACAGUUUGAGAAUAUUGCAGAACACAUCCGGACUCAAGGUCCCGACACGGAGAUGCAGAUAAAGGCAGAGUUUGCGAAGCUCCACAGGUUCUUGCAAGACGAAGAAGCGAUAAGUCUAAGUGCGCUAAAGAAAGAAGUGGAUCAAAAGAGCCAGGCAAUGAAGGAGAAGAUAGAAAGCAUCACGAAACUUGCCUCCGCACUUUCAGAAAAAAUCACAGCUAUACAGAAGGUCAUAGAGAGUGAAGACAUCUUGAUCAUAAAGAGGUACAAAGAUGCCAACAGAAGAGCCCAGUGCACACUGGAGGACCCGGAGCUGCCUUCCUGGGGGUCGCUCGUUGAUGUGGCCAAACACCUGAGCAACCUGAAGUUCAGAGUCUGGGAGAAGAUGCUGGAUAUGGUGCAGUACACUCCUGUGACUCUGGACCCCAACACUGCGGCCCCCUGGCUCUGUCUGUCAGAAGACCUGACCAGCGUGAGAAACACCGGGUUUGUGCUGCAGCGUCCCGACAACCCGGAGAGGUUCAACCCCUGCGUGGACGUGCUGGGGGCCGAAGGCUUCGCCUCGGGCAAACACAGCUGGGAGGUGGAGGUGGGGGACAAGCCCGAGUGGACCAUCGGAGUGGUGAGAGAGUCCAUCAACAGGAAGGGGGCCAUCACGUGCGACCCGGCCAGCGGGAUCUUCGUUGUGACUUUGAGGGCCGGCGAUGUGUACGGAGCGGAAGGGGUCACUCCCCUCACGCUGAAGAAGAAGCCCGAGAGGGUCAAAGUUCAGCUGGACUUCGACACGGGGGAGGUGUCCUUCUUCGACUCCAGCGACAUGUCGCUCAUCCACACAUUUUAUGACUUGCUACCAGAGAGGCUCUUCCCGUAUUUCUCUCCAUGUGUGAACAUCAAUGGCAGUAACUGUGGAGCCAUGCAGAUCUGCCCAGUGAAGGUGUCUGUAACAAUUAGUCAGUCCCAGUGAUAGUGUUUCGGUCAUGACGUCAUCCAGCUGAAGUUAUCUGUACCAGUGAUGUCAUCCCAUAAAAUAUUUAUAGAAUUCUGACUUGAAUAAUGUAUAAUGUAUAUGUUCCAAAUAAAGAAUAUUUUUACUUUG